UAUGAGUGGAUUCAUGCUUCGAAGUUAUGGAAACCGGUAUAUAUCUAUAUUGAGUCGAGUUUGGUCGGGAAAUUCACAAACGAUGAAAAAUUCUGAAACAACAUUGAGGAAAACUCUCGAGGCAAAAUUUCCACAGGCGAAGAGCAUCGUAGUCAAUGAUAUUUCUGGAGGUUGUGGUUCCAUGUAUGAAAUAUACGUUGAAACCAAAGAAUUCAAAGGGCUUUCUACUGUUAAACAGCAUAGGCUCAUAACGGAAACUCUCAAAUCGGAAAUUAAAGAUAUGCAUGGCCUCCGGAUACACACAUCAAUUACAGAGUAGUUCAUUGCACUCAGUACAUAUUUUGCUGAUCCUGAUGAUCUUGUAUCAUGCUCAAAAUGAAGAUAGUUUUUAAGUAUAUAACAAAUAGGACAUUAACUGCGUA